GAUCGCAGCACCCAGCGCCAAGCGCAGCGCAGCACCGCGACAGACGGCAGGAGCACCCAUCGACGGGCGCAGCUGGAGAGAGCCCAGCAUAGAGAGGCGGGCUCAAAACCGAGAACCCUGCCGGGCGGCAUCCCCCGGCCGCCGCACGCACAGGCCGGCGCCCUCCUCGCCUCCCUGCUCCCCACCGCGCCCCUCCGGCCAGCAUGAGGCUCCUGGCGGCCGCGCUGCUCCUGCUGCUCCUGGCGCUGUGCGCCUCGCGCGUGGACGGGUCCAAGUGUAAGUGUUCCCGGAAGGGGCCCAAGAUCCGCUACAGCGACGUGAAGAAGCUGGAAAUGAAGCCAAAGUACCCACACUGCGAGGAGAAGAUGGUUAUCAUAACCACCAAGAGCAUGUCCAGGUACCGCGGCCAGGAGCACUGCCUGCAUCCUAAGCUGCAAAGUACCAAGCGCUUCAUCAAAUGGUACAACGCCUGGAACGAGAAACGCAGGGUCUACGAAGAGUAGGGUGGACGAUCUUGGAAAGAAAACCUCCAGGCCAGUUGAGAGACUUCAGCAGAGGACUUUGCAGAUUAAAAAUAAAAGCCCUUUCUUUCUCACAAGCAUAAGACAAAUUAUAUAUUGCUGUGAAGCUCUUCUUACCAGGGUCAGUUUUUACAUUUUAUAGCUGUGUGCGAAAGCCUUCCAGAUGUGAGAUCCAGCUCUCCUGCGUACCAGACUUCAUUACAAGUGGCUUUUUGCCGGGGGUUGGGGGGUUGGGGGUGGGCCCAAGCCUUUCCUUUUUAAAAUAAGGGUUUUUGUAUUUGUCCAUAUGUCACCACACAUCUGAACUUUAUAAGCGCCUGGAAGGAGCAAUCAGUAUGGUUCAGGCAAUUCAUUGCACUGUUGCUCCGGUCCAGGCUUUCGAAGCUUCCCCUCAGAGAGCCUGGCGCCUCAGCACAGCUGCCACAGGCUCUCCUGGGCUUAUGACUGGUCAAGAGUUUCGGUGUGGCUCCACCAUGGCCCCUGUUGCAGGGCAAUUGGGAACAAGUCCUUCUGCAUCUGUGCCUAGAGGAACUCAAUCUACUUCCCAGGACGAGCUUCAUGCCCCCACCCCAGCCCCACCCCCACCCCAGCUCAUUCCCCUAUCCCAACCAGGCAAGCGAUCCUUAAAGGAGCUGGGUCUUUCUCUCGAAACCUCUGAGGGUUUCUGAAAGGCUCACUGCUUUGGUAGAUGAUGCUUCUGAAGCAUCAGAAGCCCCCGGCAGCGUGAGAAAACUGUGUGGAGGAAAAGGGGAAAAUUCAGGACUCAAUGCAUGACAUCCAGCCAGAGCUACACAUCCUACUGGCAUGGGGAGACCCACGUAGCUCUGUUCCCCUCGCCCCCACAGAAAGCGCACUCCCCCUUCGGUGCAUAUGCAAACAGCGAGGUCCUCUUUUGGAGUUAGGAUGACCCUGCACCCUCUCCUGUGUACAUAUUGCUUCAGUACCCGCCCCUGCCACACGCUGCCCCUCAGUAGAGGCCGCACUGGACGGCUGUGAAUCUGCUAUGUAAGUGCUGAGAUUCAUGAGUGCUGCAUGCGGGUUUCAUGUUCUUUCUAAGAUGAAAAAGAAAGUAAUAAAAAUAUAUUUGAAGUUACCAAAA